AUCUAGUUAUCAACACGGCCAGCACUAGCAAGAUACCUUUUUUCAAUCUCGUUGGAUUUCUCCAUGAGUACCAAACCAGAGGGUGGCGUAGUACGCCAUGAAAUAGCGCUCAUCAAUGGAGUUCACACUAAAAUAUCUUACGCUGUCCCUCACGAGGACAACGAACGAGUUUGUAUCGUCGUAAUCCCCGGUAACCCUGGAAGCAUCGAGUUCUACGACAUCUUCAUCGAGUCUCUCUUCAAAGAAAGCGGUGGAAAAAUCCCUGUUUAUGGAGUCGGACAUGCAGGUCAUUGUCAGCUCGAAGAGGCAGGAUAUUUCACAUGCGGUAAAAGAAAAUCCCCUGAACAAGAGAAUUCUCCAGACAUUUUGCAUCUUGAAGACCAGAUUGCCCACAAACUUUCCUUCAUCGCAUAUCACAUACCCAAGGAGUGUAAAGUCAUAUUGAUUGGUCAUUCAGCAGGCGCGUACAUUACUCUACAGAUGAUGAAACGCUACCACGACAAAGAUAAGUUCCUCAAGGGCAUUCUUCUUUUCCCCGCUAUUGAACACAUCAUGGAAUCUCCGAGCGGUCGGUUGUGGUGGGUGGUUUGUUUCUACUUGCAAUGGCCGUUUCUUUUCAUGACUUUUUUCUUUUCUUUGAUGCCUGCUGUGUUCAAAAAGUGGUCGAUUGGUUGGUGGAUGCAUUUGAACAAGCAAUCAUCUCACGAGAGUACAGUAAAUGCUACCCAUGCUUUUCUUAACUACCGCGCGAUGGAAAACAUGUUAAGAAUUGGCCGAGACCUCGGUACUAUCAAGGACAUUGACAUGCAAAGUGUCAGUGAUAAUAUCGAUAAACUUAUUUUUUACUACGGGGCUCGUGACCCUUGGGUACCCCGGUCGUGCUACGAGAAGAUGAAGAAGUUGUUCCCGGAUGGUGACAUCAACAUUUGCAACGACGAUAUCCAACAUGCUUUUGUAUUGAACGGUUCGGAGCAGAUUGCAAAGAAGGUGUGGGAAUGGUUAGACAAGGAAUUUACUGUAGUCUGAACUUUGACAAGCAACCUGCAAGAAUAGGAAAACGUUUCUUAUCUGUAUGAAAUUUUCGAGUGGUCAUCAUUUCCAUAGAAAACAACUACAACGUCUAAUGGUCCCAUUCAGACUGAUAUGGCGUGAGAAUGGCUAGAGAAGGAAUAUACUGUCGUUUGAGCUUUGCCGGGCAGAUAACGUGCAAGAGGGAAGAUGUUUAAUUUCUUAUCUGCAUGAAAUAUUCGAGUAGUCAUCAAAGCAACUACGCUGUCUCAUGGUCCUCGCCAUUCAGACUGAUAAAAAGAAAUGAUAUCAUUUUAGGAUAUCUAUACUUUAGUCGUGGCGUAACUGCUUUUCAUAGGUAGUACUGAAAGUCGAGUCCUCUCCGUUAUACUUACUACAGCCGAAAAAAUCUCGGGUCAAUUAUCCGUGAACUGAUAAAAUGAAACUAUUGUAGCUUUUAUUCCAUUGAGUAUUAUCUUUUUCUUUAUCAGCGACAAAUGGAACUCCGAAGAAAUAUAUUCGCCAGCAAAAAAUGGAAUGUGAAAAUGUUACACUGCAAAAACAAUUGAGGAGUUUGUCAAAACAGGAUUAACAGCAUUGAAAUUAUUUGUAAAUGUAACCAAAA